AUGGGUUGUGGUGAAUUUUUGGUUAAAUACAUUUUGUUCUUUACGAACCUUUUCUUUGCGCUCGCUGGUAUAGCGCUGAUCGGUCUGGGAGUUGCUGUGGAGUUACGCGUACCGGACGUCUUAGAGAUAUUCGAAGACUCGCAGAUAUUCCAACUAACACCGAUCGGAGCGAUUGUCAUAGGAUGUAUCGUUUUCGUGGUCGCGUUCUUCGGAUGCUGCGGUGCGAUCAAGGAGAGCAACUGCAUGCUUAUUACUUACUCGUUAUUCAUGAUAAUUCUUAUGGUCCUGAAAAUAACGUUGGCAGUAUUAAUAUUCGUGAGACAAGAUGAACUUUUGGCUAACAUUCCACGCUGGUUGACAGAAGCCUUUUCGAGGAAUCCAACGGCAUUCCAAAGCAUUGAAAGUUCAUUCAAGUGCUGCGGUCCUACCGGUCCUUCCUCCUACUUCAACUUAUUGCUGCCAGAAUCCUGCUGUGCAUCAACUCCUUGCACGCCUCUCAACGCCUACUCCGGCUGCAACACUAUCGUCACAGAAUUCUUUGAGACCUUCGGUAUCGCGAUUGGAGCUGUCGCUAUUAUUGUCGGAGCUGUGGAGUUGGUAGCAGUCGUGUUUGGCCUCUGCCUCGCGAACCACGCCCGCAACAAGAGCAGGCGCACGCGCUACUAGCAGGUGACGCAGAUGAUCCUCAGGUCCAGAGACUAGAGUGGCGCUAGUAACAUUACAUAUUUACAAGCUGCCAUCUAGGCUAUGAUGUUUAUCUAAAAAGUUUCUAUGCUAACUGCGAAUUUACUGCAAAAGAUAACCCUGUGAUUAUUUUUAUAAUGUUACAUUUUUUUUUUUUUAUAAAUGUCCUGAUUUAUACAGUUAAAUAAUAGUUGAUAUUUACAGACGAUGCUAUUGUAUGUUAAUGAUAAUUUUAUUGUCAUUGGUUUAUAUAUCGAUAAUAAGCUAAAAUUAACUUACUAGGACUUAAAGUCACAUGAUUUUUCAUUUAAAAGAUUAUAAAAAGACGUUAAUUAUUUAUUGUUAUUGUUUCAUAAUGAUUUGGUAACAAAUUAUAUUUUAAGCUUCGUAUCGCUAUUAAAGUAGCGAGAGGGGGAGGCAAGGGGUAAUGUUGCCCCGGGCGCUUCUCACAAAUGGGCGCCAAAUGGUCCGUAAAACAAAAUAUUGCUACAUACCCUCUUAUAAUACUAAAUUGUUUUCGAAUUGUAAGCUCGCUACGCCACUGUCGGUAGUACUAACAAUUAGGAAUAUCGAAAAUUUUCAAAUCGAUCAAGAUUAAAAAUUAAUUAUAUGGGAAAACUCAGGACGUAAUUUUUAAAAAAAACAAUCUUCCUAUUAUUUUUCAUAAUUCCAUCUACGACAACAUAGGCGACAUUGUUUAUAAUAGGGACAACCUUCAUAUUAGGGCAUUUAAAUAAAACAUAUAUUACAUUCGGCUUGAAAUGGAUUGAAUUCAUUCCUUAUCCACCAACUCGCUAUGGAGCAGCGCGGUGGAUUAAGCUCCAAAUCUUCUGCUACAUGGAGAAAGAAGCCUAUGCCAAGCAGUGAAAUGUAACAUGCUAAAAAAAAAUUUUGCGAAGAACACCUUUGAAAAUUAUCUUCUGUUUUUUUUUUUUUUAAAUGAACAGUAUCUUUUUUGAUAAAUGUAUAUUUUUGAUAAUAGCAUCUUUCAGUUAAAAACCGACUUGCCAAAUAUUAACUGCUAGAAGUAGUCAAACGAAUAGAUUGUAAGUAAUGUUAAGGAACCUUUUCAAUAAGGUAUAAAUAUACGAGUACAUACAUAUGUUACAAA